UCUUUGGGUCUUAUCUUCUUCUUCCCUCUCUAAAACCAUGGAAGAAGACAGAGCGAUUCUCACUUUUCACCGUAUCCCUUCCCUCAAUUCCUCCUUACUAACCUCUUCUCCUGCCAAAUCCGGCACCGUUCAGUUUCGCCGCCGUGUCCUGCGAAAUUCAGCUCGCGGAGAUUUCGGUUUAGGUAGAUUCGCGUGCAUUUCUCUGGUGGAGAAAUGUGGUGAGCAGAGAGAAUUCGCUCCGACGACGGCUCAGCUCUUGAACAAUCCUCUUGCUAUUCUUGCUCUUGUUCCAAAAGAUGCCGCUAUCUUUGCCGCCGGUGCUAUUGCCGGAGCCGCCGCUAAAACUGUUACUGCUCCUCUUGACCGUAUCAAGCUUCUUAUGCAGACACAUGGUAUACGAAUUGGACAUCAGAGUGCGAAGAAAGCAAUAGGAUUUAUCGAGGCAAUCACGUUGAUAGCUAAAGAAGAAGGAGUGAAAGGUUAUUGGAAGGGAAAUUUACCGCAGGUUAUAAGAGUGUUACCUUACAGUGCGGUCCAGCUUUUGGCUUAUGAGAGUUACAAGAACUUGUUCAAAGGUAAAGAUGAUCAUCUCUCAGUAAUUGGAAGACUUGCCGCGGGUGCUUGUGCUGGCAUGACAUCUACUUUGUUGACAUACCCUCUAGAUGUUUUGCGAUUGAGGUUGGCUGUCGAACCUGGGUAUCGAACAAUGUCUCAGGUUGCUUUGAGUAUGCUCCGUGAUGAAGGAAUCGCAUCUUUCUAUUACGGUCUAGGACCUUCUCUAGUGGGGAUAGCUCCAUACAUUGCUGUAAACUUUUGUAUCUUUGAUCUGGUGAAGAAGUCUUUACCAGAGGAAUAUAGACAGAAGGCGCAAUCGUCUCUACUCACAGCUGUUCUUUCAGCUGGUAUUGCAACACUGACAUGUUACCCUCUAGACACUGUGAGACGACAAAUGCAAAUGAGAGGAACACCAUACAAAUCAAUUCCGGAGGCAUUUGCUGGAAUUAUAGACCGUGAUGGGCUUAUAGGCUUGUACCGCGGCUUUUUACCCAAUGCAUUGAAAACUCUACCAAACAGCAGUAUUAGGCUUACAGCUUUCGACAUGGUAAAACGCCUUAUCGCCACAAGUGAGAAGCAGCUUCAAAAGAUCAACGAUGAUAAUCGGAAUCGAGACCAAGCUCAAUAGCCUCAUUUUUUAAAUAUAAUUGUUUCACAUGAAAAUUUUGGAGCCGCUAGAAUAUUUAUACUCGAGUGCUAGUUUUACAUUUGAGAAGUUUAUUUUAUUAGAGCGAAACAUAGUUUGGUUUUUCAUAGCUAGUUCAUGUUUGAGAAACUAUAGUAUAUUCGGCAAAAUUCCGGCUGAAAUUCUUUACUAUUCAACAAGUUUGAAGGAGUUUAAAAGAA